CGACUGUGAGGCACCGUGUGGUCGACGGAAAUAACGUUCUCCGGAUCCGAGCAAGGCAGUACCAACGUACUCAUCUCUUCCUGGCGUUUUCAUGUCGACUCCCUCGACUAGUACGGUCUCGUCAACGGGGUACGCACGCACACGCCGUCGACGGGAUCCACCCAUGUCUGCUGGGCAGGCAGCGGGUUGCGGCUCAGCCAGUGGAGAGCAUUCGCACGAGUUCGAGCGUUCAUCGGCUCUGCUGAUGGGCCGGAACGAGUGCGAAGGCAGACUGAUGUCGGCGAGAGUCCUCGGGCUUUCGCCGUAUCCGUACAAUCUUUUGCUCCCCCCUCUCCUUCUGGAGAUGUUUCUCUCGGCACCGUUGGACACGGGUGUUGUCCAAGAGCGGACUCGCCCAUGGUGUGAUAAAGUUGGUCAUAGUUGUCAUAUUGUCAGUCUAAAUGUCAAACUGGUUUUAGAACUACCCAUUCGUCUUGGACUGCGCCUAAGAAACCGGAGGAUAGCUCGAAAAAGAAUGCAAUUCCACGACGUGUACAUAAGACACGCCGCGGAGUGAGAUGUAGGGCGAGGAGGAAAAUCGAUAGCCUCGCACACCAUUGCC